AGCACGCAGGGUCGAUCGAACGCAUUAAGAACGAGAACAGAGCGCUGCGACUGAAGGAGCCGCCGGCUCCGCUGGGACUCUCCGCCGGAAGUCCCGGCGGCUACGCGGACCCGGACGGCACACCAGUUGUCAUGUCAUCGGAACUUCUACCUGCCCCCACGGCCGAUCCUAGAGUCACCUGGAAUUACUUCGACGAGCAGGGAUACAUCUCGAGAGGCGGACUCCGAGCUGGCGAGGAUCCAUACGCGAGGAACAAGUUCAAUCAGGAAGCUUCGGAUGGCCUGCCGAGCAAUCGCGAUAUUCCUGAUACGCGCAGCGCAAUGUGUAGGCUGAAGCAGUGGAGGCAGGAUCUUCCACCCACAUCAGUAAUUAUCACUUUUCAUAAUGAGGCUCGCUCGACUCUCCUGCGAACCGUUGUCAGCGUUCUCAACAGAAGCCCGGAGCACCUAAUCAAAGAGAUCAUCCUGGUGGACGACUUCAGCGACCAUCCCGAGGACGGCGAUGAGCUGUCGAGGAUCCACAAAGUGCGCGUGAUCAGGAACGAGAAGCGCGAGGGUCUGAUGAGAUCGAGGGUUAGAGGUGCCGACGCCGCGACGGCCAACGUCCUCACCUUCCUCGACUCGCAUUGCGAGUGCAACGCCGACUGGCUCGAGCCUUUGCUCGAGAGGGUAGCCGAGGAUCCAAGCAGAGUCGUCUGUCCCGUCAUCGAUGUCAUCAGCAUGGACAACUUUCAGUAUAUAGGUGCCUCGGCGGACUUGAGAGGCGGUUUCGAUUGGAGUCUGGUCUUCAAGUGGGAGUAUCUCAGCCAGUCGGAGCGUCAGGCACGACAGAAAGAUCCGACUCAGGCCAUCAGGACGCCGAUGAUCGCCGGUGGUCUCUUCGUUAUAAACAAGGCCUACUUCGAGAAAUUAGGAAAGUACGAUACUCAGAUGGACGUCUGGGGCGGUGAGAAUCUAGAAAUCUCGUUCCGAGUGUGGCAGUGCGGCGGCAGCCUGGAAAUCAUUCCGUGCUCGAGGGUCGGUCACGUAUUCCGCAAGCGUCAUCCGUAUUCCUUCCCCGGCGGAAGCGGAAACGUAUUCGCGCGCAAUACCCGACGCGCCGCUGAGGUCUGGAUGGACGACUACAAACAGUUCUACUACAAUGCCGUGCCCCUCGCUCGCAACAUUCCCUAUGGAAACAUACAAGACAGAAUGGAGCUGAAGCGCAAGCUGCACUGCAAGCCCUUUAGUUGGUACCUGAAGCACGUUUAUCCGGAAUUGAUAAUCCCGACGAGCGAAGGCGGCCCGGGCGGAUCCUUGAAGCAGGGCACCGCCUGCCUCGAUAGCAUGGGUCACCUUCUCGACGGCAACGUCGGCCUCUAUCCCUGCCACGACACGGGCGGCAAUCAGGAAUGGGGCAUGACGAAUGACGGCCUCAUCAAGCAUCACGACCUCUGCCUAACGCUGCCGGUCUACGCGAAAGGCACCUCGCUGUUGAUGCAGAUUUGCGACGGCAGCGAGAACCAAAAGUGGCGUCACCUCGAAGGUGGCUUGAUCCGACACGCGAGGAUACCGGUAUGCAUCGACUCGCGAUAUCACGCUCAGCGCGGCGUCACCGCCGAGAAGUGCGACUCCAACGCCGAGAGUCAGAGAUGGCACCUGUACAACCACAGCCAUUAGCCCUGGAUGAUGGCACUCGUAAACGCCACCCUCGCCCACUACUGAGUGUAUAUACACACGUCGCAUGUGAUAUACGCGGACAUUCUGAGUGAGAGCCGACUUGCGAACAUUGAAUACUAUGAUAUGUAAUACCGAUGUGUUAUGUGUGUGCGUGCGUGUGGCUAAUUUUUCUUAUCUUUACUUACUUAUGCUAUACAGUGUGCGGCGUUAUUUAUUUUUAGGAGAACGGAGAUGAGAUGUAAAUAGUUUCAGCUUUUGGUCUCGAUUGUGUCGGCGACGAUGAGAAUCAAAAAUUUUUUAUACUUAUGCGUUUUGUUUUUCGAUGUAUACCGAGAGUGUGCGUGCAUUUAUCCGCGGCAGCGCUGACGGGCUCCAUCUCCAAGUGGACCGGAAAUGAAGGAAAGAGCGGUUAUUUUCUGUAACUUUAUAAAGAUGAUUAGAUUUUUUAAAUAGUCAAUAUAUCGACGGACGAAGUAUCGAAACCAAAAUAAUACGUGGAUAUCUAGAGCUACUCGGUUGGAUCGUUGAAAAGGAUUCUCUUUCGCGCUUAUACACUGAUUAGUCGAGAGUUUAAUUGAGAGGACAAUGAAUUUUUUUCAUUGCGUCGUUUUUGAUGAAUUUUAUUUUUUUAUUCUACUUUAUUGCGUUGAUUAUUGCAUAGUGACUUUUGCGUUAAUUAUUACGAAGACAAGAUUUGUAAAUAUUUCGUGUGACUCCAUUUUUUGCUAGUUGUGGUUUUACAAAUCGAUCGUGAUUAUUGUCUUUCCAGGCGAAGAAUCAAAAACUACUUGAGACUCUUGUGAUAACUCAUUGUAGCAAGGAGAAAAAAUGCAGUAUUCCUUCAGAAGGAACAAUUAUCACCACAACUAGCCAAAGUUAAGAUGAGGGAUUAUCUUUGAAUAUUUUAUUUUUCAACAUGCUCGCUGUACAGUUUUUUUUUCUUUAAUUGUACGUUAAAGAACAUGACUUCUCGAUUGUAUCGAGAAACCUUAAGAAUAUCGAUCUCUGUUAUAAAUAAUUAAAACCUCUAUACCAGUUACAGGCUACUUAAAAGGUACUCUUGUAUCCAAACAAAAUUAAAACACACGUAUAUCAAAUUUAGGGAAAAUGAAUUUUGAUGAAGGCAUUAAAAGAGCCAAAACCAAAAUGUAAAGACCAGUCUUACUUAUAAAUGAUGAAAAAUCCAAGACAGACAACAUGACUACUCAUAGUUGCUGAGUACAGCUACUUGGUAAUUUACAUUGCAGAAUCGGGAGUGCUGAUAAUCUGUUCUGCAGUUCGAUUUAUGCACCAAAUGCUCCAUAAACGUCAUAACUGUAAACUGGGAAUCAACCAUUACAAUUUCAAUUUAUCUUUUAGAUGUAAUUUUUAUAAAAAUUAUAUUUACAAAGUUUUGAUACAUAACAAUGAAUGUGAAAAUGACAAAACGAGUGCUUGGAAUUGAAAGCUAGCGCAAAAAAUAUAUGAAAAUCUAUCUCGUCAACUUGAAUCAUUCUAGUUAGAAAACUUUGUUAAAAAUAAAAUAAAUUUUCAACGAAUGUUAUUUUAAAUAAAUUAAACUUUGAACUACUCUGAAUUUACUUUAUAGCAAUAUUAAACUUUGAAAUAUUUUUGACAAAGUGUUCCACACUAUAGAAUCACCACUUAUGAAUCUCGGUUCUAUACUUAAAAAAUAAGGAAUAAUAAUUACAGGCUGUAAAAUAAAAUGUGGUACUAAGAUAAAUUAUGUGCAGCAAAACACUACCAUUGUUAAAGAGUAAUCAUUAAUUUUAUUUAAGUAAGGUCGAAUCGAUUAAAAUUUUAUUGACUUGUAAAUAAAAUAACUGCAAAUAGUUUAUAAAACAUAAAGAAUUACUUUUACAAACUCUAUAACUGCCGUAUUCUGUAAGAUAUUACAAUAUGUAUUUUCAUCGGCAUUUAUUCUUAUUUUACAAGGAUUCAAUCUGGUAAAAUAAAACUGAGCUUCGAAUGAGAUCUAAUUAUCAUUAGCUAGCCGUUCUAAAUAUCUCAAUCAAUAUUCUAAUAUAGACUUAUUUUUGUAAAAAUAAUAAAGUAUAUUGGUUGUGUACAAAAAGGUACAAAGAUUCACCGUA